GACAGAAAAGGAAAUGGAAAGACAGCAGAAUAACGCAUAUGAAAGUGGUGAUGCAACAGAAAAUGAGAUUGCAACAAACAAUGGUGUCAAUAAGGUGGAUAACAUUCAAUCUAACUUUGAAUACCAAAUGAGGGAACCAAAUGUGAAAAGCAGAUUUAAGCAAACGACACACACUGUUCUUAAGGUUGCAGCUCAUCUAAUUGUCGCGGGAUACUUCGCCUAUGCCACGUAUCACUAUAUCGAUGUCGCAAAUAACGACUGUAAUUCUAAUAACCCAAAUAAGCUGUGUGGAAUUCAAUUAUGCAAUGGAUAUGGGUUAUUGGUGCUGCUACUGGGAUUUGUUUACUUUGGUUUCUUUUACUUCAAAAUCUUGAAGCCAACUAUAGGUGCACCUCUAAAAAGACAGUAUAUCUACCCAUUUGGAAAAUGGUGGAAGCAUUUCAGUCGAAAAAGACUUGUCUCCACCAUCAUGCUCGCAAUCCUUCUUAUUCUGCUGAUGGUAUUUUUGUACUUUGAUACCAAGGACGAUAGAAACAAAUUGAAAUCGCUGUUGGCCCCAUGCGUUCUCAUACUGACUGGUUAUAUAUUUUCUUAUGACCGCAAAGCAAUCAAGUGGCGAACUGUCGUAUCUGGAAUAGCGUGGCAGUUUAUUUUAGGCGUGCUGUGCAUUCGUUGGGAAGUGGGCCGUAAAAUCUUUCAAUGCAUCGGCGAUAAAGUUGCAAGCUUUUUAUCGUUUUCUGAUGAAGGAAGUCGUUUCGUUUAUGGUGAUACGCUCAUCAAUGACUCCAUUUUCGCUUUUGCUAUUUUGCCCGUUAUAUUUUUCUUCAGUUUUUUUGUUUCAAUUUUACAAUAUUUGGGUGCUAUGCAAUGGGUAGUUAUGAGACUUGGAUGGUUAUUGCAACAAGUUUUGGGAACCACGGUUUGUGAAAGUGUUACAUCAGCAGCUAAUAUAUUUUUGGGCAUGUCCGAAAGCCCGUUGCUAAUUAAACCAUACCUGAAAAAGCUUACAGCCAGUGAAUUACAUUCCAUUAUGGCUUCUGGAUUUGCGACGGUUUCUGGAACGGUAUUAGCAGCAUAUUUGUCGUUUGGAGCUUCAGCAGCUCACUUAAUUACUUCAAGCGUUAUGGCAGCACCUGCAGCAUUGGCAUUUUCCAAACUAUACAUGCCCGAAACUGAAGAGAGUCAAACCACGUCAAAAAAUAUUCAAUUAGAGAAAUCGUAA